AUGCAUGAGCACGUUGUUUCGGAUUAUGCGGAUGGUCAGGCGGGAGAGGUGGUCCCAGCAGAUACUGAGAAACGUGGCGACCCAGCUGCGGAGAAGAAGUCCGGAUAUGCAGGCCGCGACUGGCGCGAGCGACUCCUCGUUCCCUGGAUCUUCCUUUCCACCAUCGUGGGCAUUGUCUUGGGCAACCUUGUUGACAGCGUUGGACCGGCAUCACCACAGGGUAGCUUCGUCGACGUGUUCGUCCGCUGGAUUAUUGCGCCUCUACUCAUGCUUGGCCUUGCGUGGGGACUCUUACCGGAUAAACAAAGGCUGCAGAGUGGGUCGAUUUUCGUAAAUCUUGCCCGUUGCAUCGCAAUGAGACUCCUGCUAGUCUUGGUCAAAUCAGGACUCGUUUUAAUCUGGUCUCGCUUAGGAUCUAUUCCCUGGAUUCCUUAUAUCUGUUGUGGAAUAGCCGUACUACGGUAUUCGGUUCGUAGGCUCGCACCAAGGGUCGGCGACACCGGAGCAAGUGCCAGCUGA